CCCGGUUGCCAUAGCUAUUGCGUACUGCAGCUUCAAGUCAGAGAUACGUCAUUAGGAUCCCUCGUCUGCCGCAGUUGAUGUUUGAACUACCUAUGUGACGUCUAGGCAGAGAAGACAUGAUCUGGUGACCAGUAGGUAAACGUCAUGGCAACAAAAGUGCACGACACACAUCUACAUCUCACUCCGAAAUGGAACAGCGGACAACAAAUUGAAAGUAACAUAUCUAGAGCGGCAAUGCCCAAGAGAGGUAGCUCAGCUGUUGGACGACACUCACGUCUCAUUCUAAAGUCAACAAGCAGUCACAUGAAAGUUCCGUCUCCUACUCCUGUGUCAUCAUCACAACGCUUGCCUGUAGCUGAAUCGUUCUCAGACGCGGAUGCAACAGCAGACCGAUUACAAUCUCCGCGCAGGACAACUUCAGUCAUUUCAGUACGCGAUAACAAAGGGUUCGGGGGAUUGUUCAAUUCAAGAACGAAAGUGAAGUCUGUGCUUCUACCGUCUGUCUACAAUCCGUUAUUGCCGACUUCUAGUAGGCAUCACAGAUGUGUGUCAAUUGCUUCACCAAGAUUCCUGCCCCAAGGAGUGAAGUCCAGGGCAUCAAACAACGAAGGUGCUCGUUUAGAGCCUAUCAGAGUGAGUCAAAUGCAUCUUUUGGAUUCGACUAUGAUGAAACAAUCGGAAAGAUUGAAGAACAAAGAGCUGGAGUUGAAACAAGUUAAACGUCUUAGGCAAUCAUCAGAGUCUGUUCCUCAUCGACUGGAUAGACUUUAUGUAAUCAAUGGGGCUUCAUUCCAGCCAAAGGACAGAUAUCAUGUCAGUGAUGAAGAGCUUCAACGUUUAAGAGACUUAUCAUUAUCAAGAAACAAAGAACUUUAUUUUGGAAAGGGAGUAAGUAGCCAAGCAAGAAACGUUACUUCCAAGACGUUGGACAAGUUUGAACAAAGAUUAUCCGGAACAGACUCUACAGCUGAAGGCGUUGCAUUUGAUUCUGAUGCAGAGAAAAUGAAGGAACAGUCACCUGUCACAGACUCAAGUCAGCCCCAUACCAGCGAAGAGAUAGACAUGUCUCAAGAAUCUGAGAAACUGGAUGGGCAAGAAGAUGACGAAGCUAUUCCUGGAUCAGUACAGUUCGUUGUUUCAACAUCUAGGAAGCAAAGUGAACUUGCUCAGCAAGAUGCAAUGACAACCCUUGCCAGUCGGUCAUUUGUGAAGCAGGGAUCUAAACUUCAGAUACAAGAACUAACCGUGUUGUCAGACGACGACCAGAAGGCAGCAUAUGCGGAGAUAUUCAAAUGUUUGUGUAAAGAUGGGGAUAGUGAAAUCAGCGUAGUUAGGCUACAGAAGAAGCUAUUACCAAAUGCUUCUGCGUCUGAAUUGUCUGACUUUUAUUUGGUAUUUGACUUAAAUGGUGAUAAGACAAUUAGUAUUGAAGAAUUUCAGGCUGUGCUAGCUCUCAAUGAUCAAUUGAAUGGCACGAGGACUACCGAUCCGUCUCAGACAAUUGACUUUAAUCUUUCCAGUCUUGUUCAUCUCGUUACAGUCUACAAGGAGAUGUUUGAUCUGCUCGAUGAUGAUGGCAACGGUUACUUGAACAUCCGCGAACUGUUACUGCUCCUAUCAGCUGGUCUAGGUCAUGAGAUAGGAGGAGAUCCUGCAUUAGCCCAACGCAUCAUGCACACAAUGGACAAAGAUGAGAAUGGACGUGUUGAGUUUACAGAGUUCCUCAAUUAUAUUCCAUUCUUUCUUGCUCUUCAUGGGCUCGUCUGCUCUAAUCCCUUUUCACUGGAUUCAAUUGAAGUGGCGAGAGACACAAUGCGACAGCGCAUCGAAAGCACAAACAGCACCUUAUCUGGAAAAACUUAGUCUGUUUAAUAACCAGACAUGUACUAACUAGUUAGUAUAGAUAUUUUC